CAACUGUCGAAGUAACCAUGGCACGGUUCAUCUAUGCUUUUGUCCUUUGUGUGGCUCUGUUUGGCCAGUACAGUGUGGGCUGUUGCUGUAAGGGGACCCAGGCAUCUUCCCAAACUUCCUCAUCCUCCUACCCUAUCCCUAUCCCCGUCCCCGCCCCCCAACCCCCCAGCAGCAGCGGCAGCUCCAACUUCCUCCCCACCAUCCUCACCACUCUCGGAUAAACCACGUCCAGUGCUGCCAGAUCCAGAUGUCGACCGUCUUGAGAACCGGAUUGCGUUCGUCAUUGGAUGAAACUGCUUCAAUCAUUGUAGUAUAUAAAUUGUGGAAAUAAAUACAAGUGACGAAAGCGUA